AUGAAAAGAGAAAUAAUGAAUGAACAAAGCAAAUUACAAAAUAUAGAAAUACGCGGAUCUGAAAAUCAGUCAAAAUGUUGUCCUUCAGGGGAAUUAAAUGGAAAUAGCUACUUCAAUAAUAACACAGAAUAUUAUAUUAAUGGUGUAAAAGAAAAAAAAAAUAUCGAAGGUAUAUAUACUGAUGAAAAAAAAAGUAAAGAAGGUAUAUAUACAGAUGAAAAAAAAAGUAACGGAGAUAUAAAACUAAUAGAAAACGGAUUAACAGAAAUAUGUUCAAUACCAAAAGUUAUAAAAAAGUCUUUUGAUAUUAAUCAUGAUGGAGAGCUUAUAUCAUAUGUAUAUACGUUAGUUUCUUUCAAAAAUUAUAAUAUAUUUUUUGUUACACAUAAUGGAAAAUUUGCAUCAUGGGUAUAUACAUAUAAUAUUACUAUGCCAUUUUCAUUAGAACAUGAAAGUGAAAUAAUUUUAGGUGAAAGAAAUUAUCCUUAUUUAGAAAUAUUUUGCACACAGUUUAUUAAAAAUAAUGCUCAACAAUUAAAUUACAAAUCUAUUAUGUUUGCAAUAUCACUUUAUAAAAUGGCUUUUGACAAUACGGAUAUACUAACACAAGUAUUUUCCAAUUUUAAGGAUAUGAUAAAACCAUAA